AUGGCCCAGCAUUCGGAUCCUCAGUCCGACGUACAUCCUCUCAAUCAUCUUUCCUCCUCCAAAGUCCUUCUUAUUCCAGACCGAACCUCUACUUUAACCCCAGAUACGCCGCCGGGGGCACCACCAGACUUCUCUGCACGAAGCUCCUAUAUAUCGACACCCUCAAGCACGCUAUCGCUUGACGAUAAUUCGAGGAGCGGAGAGGACGAGAUCUGCUUUCCGUCAUACGACGACAAUAACUUUCUUGACCAAGAAGAUUCCUUUGAUCCCGAAGAUUGUCUCGAGGACCUUUCCCUUACGCCUUUGACACGAUCGCCAAAGGCUGAGGUUUACACUCCUCCCACUGAACCCCAACAGCCUGCUGGGGAUGACAUGGCCAUCCGAACUGAACCAACAAGACAGGUUGACUAUCUAUCACAUGUGUGGAAAGAGGAGGACCUAUGGGCAUCCUGGCGCCACAUAAGAUUGCGCAAGAACCUUUAUAACCAGAGUGAAAGGUUGGAAAAUGCUUCAUGGAGAUCAUGGGCCAUGAUUAAACAUAAGUUGAAACUCAUUCCCGCCGACUCCCUCGAUUGGUUGAAGGACCAUGAUGUAACUUGGCUGUAUGGCCCACUCCAGACACGGAGCACACCUUUCCUGCCCUCAAGUCUAUCCUACACUACCGGUCAGCUUUGCCGAAGUAAUUCUUUCACUUCCAAGAAGCCCAUACUGAAAAAACGGAGCCUAUCUGAGAUCAUGCUACAACGAUCUCUCUCAUCUUCCACCUUGAUGCAGCAAGCUACGGAUGCUCUACGGUCACAGCAGUCUGAAAGGACCACUUCGAAAAAGCCUGUGCUCGGCGAACGCAAAGUCUCAGACUUCAUCUCGAUUUCUGGAUCCGAAACCCCACUCACAAGGACUAUCACAAUGCCCAGCUCCUCUAACGCAUCGACCUCGACCUCAACCUCAGGUGAUCAGACGCCUUCCAUGCGGCGUCACAUUCACUUCAAUGAUCGAGUGGAGCAGUGCAUCGCUAUCAAUUGCGACCAUGAAGAUCAUGCUGGUCCUGAUGUGCCAUUUGAUGAUAGCGAUGAGUCCUCAGAGGAUGAAUUUCUGACAAUGCAGCCUGUUCAGACCUCAACAAAGGCUAAGAUCAGCCGGCCCAGCACACCUCGUAAUAGCUUUAGCAGUGAGAGUAAAACAAUUGCAAUGCUGCCUUCAACGACCCUCAAAAACCGCAGCGAUACACCAGAGCUAGGCAUACAGCAACUGGCCAACAAGAGACCAGUAUGGCCCACUCGGCCGAAAAUAUCGCCUUCGCCAUCGUUGCAAACAAUCCGUCCCUCUUCACCGUCCGCUAACUUUUUGCUCGCUGACGAGGACGAUGAUAUAGACUUUGAUUGGCAGCCAUCGGCUGGUAGACGAGGAAGUGUCUUCCCACGCGGCGGACUCGAAAUCAAGCCCGAAGAUCAUGAAGACGAGCCAGAGUCCUACGAUCCUAGCCUACGGAGAACGCCGUCUGGUAUGUUCAUGCCGUACGACGACCAAGACGACUACCCACGAGACGGUAUCCUUGGUCGUAUUGUGGACACAGUCAAUACGGCCCGGGAUAUCGCUCACGUGAUUUGGAACGUUGGAUGGCAACGGUGA